AUGACCACGGCACAAUCGGAAUCAUGGCUCACAUAUCCCGUGAGGCGAGAGCGCAUCCGAAUUCCCACACGCGACUCGGGUCGUUCCAUCACCGCCGACCUGUACAUUCCGUCCUCGUCCUCGUCCUCAUUCGACAUUGAGAAGCCCCGGCCUCUCCUCGUGAACUGGCAUGGCAGCGGUUUCGUGCUCACCGGCCUGCUACGGACCAACGCACUCUUCUGCGCCCGUGUCGCCCACGAGCUCGGCAUCCUCGUCCUCGACGCAGACUAUCGUAAAGCACCAGAGCAUCCCUUCCCGGCCGCUGUGCACGACGCAGAGGACGUGCUGCGGUGGGUUGCGACGGUGGCCACGACGGACUACUACCACCACACAUACCAAUUCGACCCCACCCGCGUCGCCGUCUCGGGGUUCAGCUCAGGCGGAUCUCUCGCGCUGGGCGCUGCGUCGGUCCUGCGCCGAGGUAGUCUGGGCCUCGACAUCUGUGGCGUAGUUGGCGUGUACCCAGGGACAGACAUGGUAACCGCUCCUGCGGACAAGAAACCCCCUCGCGAGGGUGUCGCCCCACCCAUCGACACGAGGACGAUGGAGCUGUUUCGGGACUGCUAUGUGCCGGACCCAAGUGUGAGGGCGGACCCUCUUGCUUCGCCAGUGCGGGCAGAGGUGGGCUUGUAUCCUAAUUUCGUGACCAUCUUCACGUGUGAGGGGGAUAGGGUUGCUCCUGAGGGCUUGGAGCUUGUUAGGAGGUUAGAGGCCGGGGACGAGGGAACUGACGGGUCGAGGGUGGUGGUGAGUGAGAUGAUGCUGGAUGUUGGGCAUGGGUUUGAUGCUGGGGCCGAGGAGGGAACAGUUGCCUGGGAGAGGCGGGAGGAGAUGUAUCAGAUGGCUGUGAAGAGCUUGAAGAGAGCAUUGACGAUCGUGUAGAUAUCUCUCUCUCGCCAUGGGUAAUUCAUGAUUCUCCUUGUCAGCAUUUUGGGCACCUUUUAAUUGAGAUCAUCGAGAAUGAAGAAGAACGUAAAGU